AUGGCUUCUCCUCUCCCAAAAUACUUACUUCUUCUACCUCUGAUGUUAGCUCUUUUCCCUAUCGAAAUCAUCUCCACCUCUCACCACCACCACCACCAUAGCCAUAUCAAGUCCCUUCACUUUGCUCUCUUCCAACACGAAACCAUAAACAAAACAGGGUACAUCAUAGUGAAUGGGGUGGCUGGACCUGAUACUAGUCAGACAACAACACCAUUUGGCACCCUAUUUGCUUUCCAGGAUCCCAUGACCGUGACGCCCAGCACGUCUUCAAAAGUACUGGGAAUCGCAGAAGGAACCUCCAUCACAUCCGGCUUAGAUGGGCUUCGAAGCAUUUCCAUUGCCAAGAUCACCUUGAAUCUGAAGAACCACAGGGGUUCGAUUUCGGUUGUUGGUGGCACACACAAUAUUAAGCCUUCGGAUCAUCCUGUGGUUGGCGGUACAGGGGACUUCACCUUCGUCCAAGGCUACGUAAGAUCCUCACCGGUCAAUCUCAAAGGCAUCACUGUCACUUACAAGAUUGAAUUUCACCUGUACUGGCCUCCAUAUGCCACUCAGCUUCUUCAAGCUGCUUAGAAGGAAAAUCUUUACCUUUUGUUGUUUAAUAAAAGUCCACACUUUAUGCUUUAA